AGCGCCGUUACGCAACAGGAAAUGGUCACAGUGAAGAUUGGGCCGCAGCAAAAACAAUAUCGCAUACACAAAGGCCUGAUCACUUAUCACUCCGAAUACUUCGGCAGUGCUUACAGCGGUCAAUGGAAAGAAGCAGACGAAAAGGAUGUUGUCCUUGAAGAUAUCGAACCAGCAAUUUUCGAUGUUUUUGUUCAAUGGCUCUAUACUCAGGAUAUGCCCUCAGUCGAGGAAAUCGAGCGUAUACUCAAAGUAUAUCCUGAGGACGAAGAAGACGGAGACCCAGUAAUCACUGUUCUCACGAAAUCUCUGGUGUUUGGGGACAGGUUUUUAUCGCCGGCGUUUCGGCGAGGAGCCAGUAGGGGUAUCAUUGAAGUCCUUUCUGCAGACGAGCCUGGAACCUUUACCAUAUUCACGGCAGUCAAGUUUUCUUUCGAGAACUUGCCCGAAGAGCACAUCAUCAAUGAACUCUUCAUUGAUUUGUACUGUUCGCAUCUCGUUCGAACAUCAGCCAGCGAAGAAUCUCUGUAUGCUCACUUGCUGAGAAGAGACAUGCCUUAUAAGUUUCUCGUCAAAGUUAUAGCAAGGUACUCG